UGUCACCGGAAGCAACAUUUUUCUUAACUUCCAGUCUGGUAAACAAACUGACCCUGAUGUCCAUCAUGUCCAUGGCCUACUCUCACAUCCUCCCUCCCCACACCAAGCAGACAGUCCUUCAGUGGCUGCAAGAGGACAUUCCAAGCUUCGAUUACGCAGGAGUUGUGGUUGGAGACAAACCGAAGGAGGCGGUACUGCUCUGCAAGUCACCAGGGAUACUCUGUGGCGUACCGUUUGUAAAUAUCGUCUUUGAAGAGCUUGGUUGCACUGUCGAAUGGUUAUUUUCCGAAGGCGACUCUAUAACUCCGAUUACCACAAUAGCACGCAUCAGUGGUCCUUCAAACAAGCUGCUACAAGGAGAGCGAACGGCACUCAAUAUUCUUACGCGGGCUAGUGGAGUAGCCACACUUGCUCAUGAGCUGAGCCUCGAGGCAAAACGAAUCGGCUGGAAAGGAGAGGUGGCUGGCACUCGAAAGACUACACCUGGUUUCAGAAUAGUCGAGAAAUACGCCCUACUGGUAGGAGGCAUAUCCACGCAUCGCUAUGAUCUCUCGCAUAUGAUUAUGCUCAAAGACAAUCACAUAUGGGCAGUUGGGAGUGUUCGAAAUGCGGUUGAGGCUGCUAGAAAGGCUGGUGGUUUCAGCAUCAAGAUCGAAGUGGAGUGUAGAAGCAUUCAAGAGGCGAGUGAAGCGGCCGACAGUGGAGCUGAAAUCGUUAUGCUGGAUAAUUUUGAACCACCGGCUUUAGAGAAAGCCUCGAAGACAUUGAAGACGUCUUACCCUCAUUUGACAAUUGAGGCUAGUGGAGGGAUUACAAAAGACACUAUGGCCCAGUACUGCAUUCCUAGUGUGGACGUGGUCUCCCUAAGCAAGACUACGCAAGGUUACAGCACUGUGAACUUUUCUAUAAAGUUGUGUGAUGGUGAACAUGAUCCACAUAACCCAAAAGUCACUUUAGAUAAUGUUUGAGCUGUUGUUUAUUAUGUUAUGUGCAAGAUUUUAUUUAUUCCAUGCACAGUGAUUUUAUGACA